UUUAUGUUAUUUGUUUUGGGUUUACGUAAUAUUUGGGUUAAAUUGAUUGGACUAACCAUGAUAAUAUCAAUCCUUCAAUUUUGUUCUAGUGUGAACAAAUGUGAAACUGUUGAACACAUCCGUAAUGACUAUUUCUCCAACUGUUGAUGACAUCAUGCAUCACUUCCUUCACUGUUUAAGUACAUCAUCAACAUUAAACAUAUCAUGGUAUGCCUUUGAGCUUUUGUCAUUCUGGACUAUUCUCAUAUACUCACUUUUUGUGACACCCAAUAGCCCAUGUGUAUUUUUGUGCUGGGGUGUCGUUAAACAUUCAUUAUUCAUUCAUUCAUUCUUGGAUCUCAUCCAUAUUUUUAAUUACAUAAUAAAAACACAAAAUAUUUAAUCUACUUAUUUUUUAUUAUUAAUUACAAAGCACACAUUGUGACAUUAAUUUAUGAAAUUACUGCAUAAAGGGGUGGGAAGAUAUUUAUUAUUUUCCAUCAGUGACAUUUUACAAUGAAAUAAAAUAAUCAUUAAUAAUAAUUUCAACAAAAUAUAUGUUAAUAUAAAAGCCAUCAUGCAUGAAAAUGAGAUCUACUUGAAGUUGCCCUCACACAGAAACAAAUCAUGCCAAUCUCACCGCUCACAAUUUAUAACAGUCUUUCAAAACCCACAAUGUAUAAGAGACAAUUCAGUAAAUCUAACAAGCUUAACCAAUUGUAUCUCCCCACUCCUCAUUUUUAAUAUGGCCUUGAAAAUCACGUCUAUACACACAAACAAAACACAAUUAAAACAUAUUGGAAUGUUAAUAACAUUUCCUUGUUAAAAUCACAAUCUUAAAGGGACAUACCCUAGUUUCAACACGUGAAAAUUAACACUAAGUUUAGUUAAUCUACAAACCUGUAACACAUUUGGAUAGUUACAAUUGAGUGAAACAUGAAUUUGUGACUUUGAAAUGGUGAAAUACCCUCUAAAAUUAGACUAAAACUCAACUCCAUAACUCUUACUUCUCAGGCGCACCUGCAUUUUUUAAAAAUAUGAAAAAUGCAUUUUGUAAUAUUAAAACCACCAGGAUGACCAAAACACUUCGAAUAUUCGGAAAUGGAUAAUCUAAAGAAUAAAAUCUAAGUAAAGUAUGAGUUCAGUUAUUAAAACGGCUCUAAUAGUCAACAAUAUGUCUCAGUGUUUAAAAACUAGAGUAUGUCCCUUUAAUGAGUAGAUCUGAUUACAUGAGAAUGCUAAAUAUAAACAUAUCGGUGACAAAAGAUAAAAUGGUUUAUACAAUAUUUAUUGCCGUCAAACUGCGGUUUGGGAUUGGCCAACAGGCAAGAGCCUAUAUUAAGGCCUCUCCCUACAUUUAUAAAUACAAGUUUGAUACAUCAAGAUGACAGAAAUAGUAUAAUAAUUUAAAUAAAUUCAAAUUAGCUAAGAUGAGAAGAAUGGAAGAGAGAGAGAAGAAAGGAAAAAUAAAAAUAGAUAGUUGAUAUGAUAUUAUUUAGUCACAGUAGGGAAGGGAGAAGGAGGAAUAAUGAAUGGUUAGUUAUCGAAACGUUUGCUAUUAAUUAUAAAGUCUUGAACAGAUUUAAAUAUAACACUAUUUUUGUGGGUACUAAAAUUUGGGUCACCAAAUAAUAAAGUCUUGCAAUUAAGAUUGUGAUAUUUUGACAGGCGAGUAUUACGAAUUACAUUAUAUAGUGGACAAUAACAUAAAAAAUGUUCUGCAUCUUCAAUAAGAUGUCCACAAGUACAAAAUGGACUGUCACUUAUGUGUCUUGCAAAUUUAUGACCAUUUAGAUCGCUAGUUCCCAAGCGGAGUCGACUAUGUAAUAUCUGUUGCCUUCUAUCACCAUCGUAAAAGUAGCACGGUACAAUUGGGUCUGAUUUAUUUAAUUCUGAUUUAAAUCUAUUUAACGAUGAAGAAUUCCUAAUAUCGGACGUUAUAUUAUUCCAUAAUUUAACUGCGGAAGGAAAAAAGGAAUUCGCGAAAAGUUUAGUUUGACAAAAAUAUGUAAGGAGGCGAUCUACAUUACGAGUGUAAUAUGGGGUUUUUGCAGAAAAGAUAAAAUGUCUAACUAGUGAAUAGAAGAUGUUUUGCACAUCGCAUACUGAUGGAAAGAAAUAAGGGAACACAUGCUAUUUGAGACCAAAUAUUAAUUCAAUACCAGAGUAGAUGCUUGUAUAAAAUACAAAGAUGUGAUGUUUGGCUAAAUGUCGGUACUGUGGGACUGACUGCCAUAGUAACAUGGUUAACUUCCUCAUACUAGGGACCACGAUUCUGGUAGUAGUCAGGAUCUCUGUUACUAUUUAUGUGUUCCCUUCUUUAUUUCCACCAGUAAAUUAACUCCAUACUACAGGUAAUGAAACUCUACUGUAGCAUUAAACGUGCUUUGUCAAAGUUGUGAAUAAUGGCAGUUCCUGCCAAAACUAUUUAUUAAUUUGUGCUUUGAAACAUAGUUUAUACUUUCAGUUACUAGUGAUAAAAAAAUACAACUAAAUAAUUCCAUUUACUGGUAGAAAAAACAGAACAAUUUUAGAGGGUAAUCUUCAGACCGUGUCAUACGCAUUAACUAGUGACAACACUGUUUUAUGUGUACAUAUUCCACACGCUAAGUUUACCCAGAAUUCAUUGUGGUCAACGAACAAAAAUGAUGGCCAUGCUAUAUUUAGCCAUAAAUUAUUCAGGAAACCCUGCAUCCAAUUUAGUAAAAUAUUCUGACAUUAUAAUAAAUUAUUUUAAUGAAUAUUAAUUACAUAAGAACAUAUGGGUAUAUCUUAACACUUCUCAACUACAGGUUUUCUUACCAAGGGAGGUUUGAACUUUGGCUCAGUGGUAGAACAUAUGGGUAUAUCUUAACACUUCUCAACUGCAGGUUUUCUUACCGAGGAAGGUUUGAACUACAGCUCAGUGGUAGAACAUAUAGGUAUAUCUUAACACUUCUCAACUGCAGGUUUUCUUACCGAGGGAGGUUUGAACUACAGCUCAGUGGUAGAACAUAUAGGUAUAUCUUAACACUUCUCAACUGUAGGUUUUCUUACCGAGGGAGGUUUGAACUACAGCUCAGUGGUAGAACAUAUCGGUAUAUCUUAACACUUCUCAACUGUAGGUUUUCUUACCGAGGGAGGUUUGAACUACAGCUCAGUGGUAGAACAUAUCGGUAUAUCUUAACACUUCUCAACUGUAGGUUUUCUUACCGAGGGAGGUUUGAACUACAGCUCAGUGGUAGAACAUAUGGGUAUAUCUUAACAAUUCUCAACUACAGGUUUUCUUACCGAGGGAGGUUUGAACUACAGCUCAGUGGUAGAACAUAUGGGUAUAUCUUAACACUUCUCAACUGUAGGUUUUCUUACCGAGGGAGGUUUGAACUACAGCUCAGUGGUAGAACAUAUGGGUAUAUCUUAACACUUCUCAACUGUAGGUUUUCUUACCGAGGGAGGUUUGAACUACAGCUCAGUGGUAGAACAUAUGGGUAUAUCUUAACACUUCUCAACUGUAGGUUUUCUUACCGAGGGAGGUUUGAACUACAGCUCAGUGGUAGAACAUAUGGGUAUAUCUUAACACUUCUCAACUGUAGGUUUUCUUACCGAGGGAGGUUUGAACUACAGCUCAGUGGUAGAACAUAUGGGUAUAUCUUAACACUUCUCAACUGUAGGUUUUCUUACCGAGGGAGGUUUGAACUACAGCUCAGUGGUAGAACAUAUGGGUAUAUCUUAACACUUCUCAACUACAGGUUUUCUUACCGAGGGAGGUUUGAACUACAGCUCAGUGGUAGAACAUAUGGGUAUAUCUUAACACUUCUCAACUGUAGGUUUUCUUACCGAGGGAGGUUUGAACUACAGCUCAGUGGUAGAACAUAUGGGUAUAUCUUAACACUUCUCAACUGUAGGUUUUCUUACCGAGGGAGGUUUGAACUACAGCUCAGUGGUAGAACAUAUGGGUAUAUCUUAACACUUCUCAACUGCAGGUUUUCUUACCGAGGGAGGUUUGAACUACAGCUCAGUGGUAGAACAUAUGGGUAUAUCUUAACACUUCUCAACUGCAGGUUUUCUUACCGAGGGAGGUUUGAACUACAGCUCAGUGGUAGAACAUAUGGGUAUAUCUUAACACUUCUCAACUGCAGGUUUUCUUACCGAGGGAGGUUUGAACUACAGCUCAGUGGUAGAACAUAUGGGUAUAUCUUAACACUUCUCAACUGCAGGUUUUCUUACCGAGGGAGGUUUGAACUACAGCUCAGUGGUAGAACAUAUGGGUAUAUCUUAACACUUCUCAACUGCAGGUUUUCUUACCGAGGGAGGUUUGAACUACAGCUCAGUGGUAGAACAUAUGGGUAUAUCUUAACACUUCUCAACUGUAGGUUUUCUUACCUAGGGAGGUUUGAACUACAGCUCAGUGGUAGAACAUAUGGGUAUAUCUUAACACUUCUCAACUGCAGGUUUUCUUACCGAGGGAGGUUUGAACUACAGCUCAGUGGUAGAACAUAUGGGUAUAUCUUAACACUUCUCAACUGCAGGUUUUCUUACCGAGGGAGGUUUGAACUAUAGCUCAGUGGUAGAAACUUUUGUCAGAGGUGUAACGGUUUGCAGGAUCAAUCAUCCUCAGAAGACUCAGGAUUUUUCCUAUCCCAACCAGUGUUCACCUGGCUGGUUCAUAUAUUUUGUGGUAUGUCUUGUCUUGUCUGUCUCUCUCUCGGCUAAAUCCUGAGAUAACCAUAUGUUAAAUACCAAAUAGCCUUGGUUUAAAAUGAGUUUAGGUUUUGUUAAACAUUCCUUUGCUAUCCCUUACUACUGUGCGCAAAUAAAAAACAUAAACAUAUUCAUUAUUAAAUUCAAAACAACUGAGUUGUAUGCUGUCUGACCUUGGGUUUUUGUAUUUUGUUGGUUCUUUAUGAAUCCAAAUAAGCAAUUUAUCUUGGCCUAUUACUUGGUGGAAGGAGGGCAAUAUUAACAUUAAAGGGUAAACAAUUUGGAGGAAACGUGUGUGUGUGUGUUUGUGUGUGUGUGUAUCCGUUUGUGUAUCUGUGUGUGUGUGUCUUUUUGUCUGUGUUUGUCUGUGUGUGUGUGUCUAUGUGUGUGCCUCUGUGUGUGUGUGUGUGUGUGUGUGUACAUUUUGAUCAACAAUAGGAUUACCUCUAAAUGGAUAAGUCUUAAAAAGAUAACAUAAGUAAAUUAUUAAACACAUCACAACUAUACAUAUUAUGACCCAAAAAUACAGAACACAUGAAUUCUAAGAAAAAAACUGUUUUAAAAAAUAACACACAAUAAAAUGUAUGUGUUUCAGAAAUGGUUAUUUUACAGAUAAUUUAUUAAGAUUGCCUUAACUAAUAUUAUUUAUUGCUUUGCACAUGUAUGCCAUAUGCAGAAAGGUCCUUAUUUUAUUGUUGUGAAAUAGGGAUAUUUAAUCUUGAGAUAACCAAUGUUAGACACCAAAUAGCCUUGGUUUAAAAUGUGUUUAGAUUUUGUUAAACAUUCCUUUGCUAUCCCUUACUACUGUGGGCAAAUAGAAAACAUAAACAUAUUCAUUAUUAAAUUAAAAACUAACCAUAUAACCAUUUAAAUUUUUAUGUUUGGCAAUAAAAUCAUCUACUCAUGGCAGUUUACCAAAACUGUUAGUAUUAUUGAUGCUAUAUGUUAAUUAGUUUGUGUUUCUCAGUUACUAUGGAUGCUAUAUGUUAAUUAGUUUGUGUUUCUCAGUUACUAUGGAUGCUAUAUGUUAAUUAGUUUGUGUUCCUCAGUUACUGUGGAUGCUAUAUGUUAAUUAGUUUGUGUUCCUCUGUUACUAGGGACAAAAAGAAAGAAAUGUCUUAUUUAACGACGCACUUAACACAUUUUUUAUUCACGGUUAUAUGGUGUCAGACAUAUGGUUAAGGACCACACAGAUUUUGAGAGGAAACCCGCUGUCGCC